CCCCUGGUGUCGAAUUUGGGUGGAGUGUUGGCAUUAGAAUGAAUGGGUACCGUGAUUUAUGCAAGCUGUCCAACAGAAAUACCGACUGAUCUUGGCCCGGUAAGAUGGUUUUAUCAAGGGUGUAUGCAGUGGAUACAGUAACAUUCAAGAUGGCAAUAGAAAGGUCCUUGUUAGGCUACCAGAUCACCAACUUUGUAAGCAUGUACAUAGGCUACGCCUUUUACAUGAUGAACAGAAAAGCUUUCAGUUUUGCACUGCCAGUAAUGAUAAAGCAAGAGGGACUAUCCAAAAGUGAUUUAGGUAUGGUUCUAAGCAGUAAUUAUGUAGCCUACACAAUUAGUAAGUUUCUGGCAGGUGUGCUGUCUGACAGAAUCCCACCCAAUAUUCUGUUCUCUGUGGGUUUGUUCUUCUCAGGUGUGGCUGUCACCAUAUUUUCAGAGACAUCACAAGUAUGGCUGUUUGUUGGAAUUUGGUUUAUAAAUGGCCUGUCUCAGGGUGCAGGAUGGCCCUCUUGUGUAAAAGUACUCAAACAUUGGUUCAGCCCAGCAACAUUUGGCACUUGGUGGGGAGUGCUGUCAACCUCCAUGAAUGCAGCUAACAGCUUGGGGCCUUUUAUAGCCAUGUUUAUCAUGCUCCAUUAUGACUGGAGGUUUUAUAUGAAACUACAAGGUGUAACAACAUGUAUAUUUGCCAUGAUUGUUUUCUUUGCCAUCAAGAACUCCCCUAAAUCAGUUGGGAUAGACUAUGAUAUACAGGGUGCUGCCUCACAGAAGAAAGAUGAUGACAAAAAAUCUAAAGGAGAUUCUUUAGAAAAUAGCACAGCAACAUGGAGAGAUCUCAUAGCCAGUCCAUUUCUCUGGGUUAUCUCACUUCUAAUAUUGUUAAUAUUGGGGACCACUACAGCUGUGAUAGACUGGGGUCAGUUAUAUCUCAUACAAGACAGGGAACAGAGCAACUAUGUAGGCAGCACAUUCAUGAGUCUCUAUGGAAUAGGUGGUACAAUUGGAAGUAUUAUACCAAGUUACAUUGCUGAUAGACUAGUUGCCAAGCAAAGUCCUGGUUCUACCUUCAACCCUAGAUUGACUGUGGUGCUGGCGCUGAGUGCUCUCACUGUUAAUUUCUUACACCUGUUUACCUACUGUGUCACAUCAGAGAGUUCACAGCUGUGGAUCAGCGUGCUGGCCUUUGGCCUAGGGUUUGGACUGUACGGCAGUGUGGCCCUCCUGGGGGUGGUAGCUGUGGAGUGUGCCCCACCCCACCUCAGCGGGACAUCACAUGCUCUGUAUGGGAUUGGAUCUAAUGUUGGCUCUGUGCUUGCUGGCUUACCUCUUAGCUACGUGGCCAAGUAUUACAACUGGUCAGGAGUAUUUGUUGUGCUGGAGGCAGUUGGGAUACUCACAGUGGCCAUAUUGGUGGCUUGUAGGUGGAUGAGCCAUGUCAUAGCAGUAGACAAGAAAAAGAAGACGGACUGAGGGUGGUGGGUUGGUCUGAACUUGACAGGUAUUUCUUUAAGUAUUUUCCACAUUUCUUCAGUGAUGAUGUUGAUUUACCCCUUGUAUUAUGAAGCAUUUAACCUUGAUUUGCAAAGUCAAACCUUGUAUAUUUUAAGUCAUUUUGAAACUGCAGGGAGUGUACUUUAUUUUUUAAUUUUUUAAAUUAAAAUAGCAUUUUUGUUAUAGUUUGAAUGUCUGUCUUAUUCAUUUGCCAGCUAAGAUAGGUCAGUUGAUAGUGAAUUUGCUCUUGCAACCCCUAAAGUAAGAAAGGAAGGAUUUCAUUGCUUGUCUGUGUCUAAUAAAGAUCAGAUCUUUUAAACUAUGAUGACGGCUGUUAAAUACCCUGUAAAAUGGUGCUUAUGUGUUUUUUAAUUGCAUUUGCUUAUAUCUUUGUUGAAAUACAUCAUAUUUAUUGACUUAUGACUUUUGUUCAUAAUGUCCCAUUUUAAUGAAACAAAACAUAACAAUGACAAAAAAAAUUGUGUAUUGUUUGAUCACUGUUUUAUAUUAAUUGGCUAAUUUUUGAGAUUUUUAUAACUAUGUAAGCAUUUGGGAUUCAUAUUGUAUUGUACUUUCAUCCACAUAUUUGCUGUAUGUAUGGUUAAUCAUCAAUUAUGAUCAUUGCAUUGUACAUACAUGUGAAUGGCCAUAUAUUUGAGGCUUCCUUUCACUGUAACCUUAUAUGUCAGGUCUGUACUGCCAUUUUUAGUUUAACAUAUGCAGACAGUGAUAAAAUCACACUUUUUUUAUAUUUAUGCAGGGUGAUAGGCUCUUUCUACAUCAAGCAGUACACUUAAGCAAUACAAUCUGUAUCGGUACACUGUGAAAGGUCCUUACAUGUAAAUUAUGCCACUGCCAGGGGAUUUCACUCCCUCUCACAAGUUCUCCACAAAUGUGCUAUUGGCUUUAUAGUCAAGAUAAAUAAUUGACCAUGUCAAGCUCGGAAGCUCAAUUUCAUGUGUCUUGUCAUAAAUUCCCAGGGUGUCAAGGUGUACCGGUACAGACUUCAUUGCUAAAGUGUACUGCUGGAUGUGAAAAGGGCUUUACUGAGCAUGUACGGUUAUUGGUUACAAGAAAUGAAUGUAUUAUUAUUAUUAUUAUUAUUAUUAUUAUUUUAAGCUUCUUAAUUUUUGUGAUUUGGAUCACAGUUUUUUGUUCAAAUGGAAUGUAAGCACCAAUUUUAGUCUUAAAGUCAGAUGAAGAUGAUAAACCUAUAUUGCCAAGACAUGAGCUUCCUUUGUUAGCACUGAGUAUUUACAGGUUUUUGUUGGUUAAAACAACUUACUAUAAGUUGAAUCUCCAUUAUUUAUUGAAUGAGUUCUCUUCAUUCUUAUAUGUAAAUGUAUUGCUACUAAGGUUUUUUCAGUGCAAUAAACCGAAGAUCUUCAAUGUGCUAGGUGAGAUAUGAACGCAUUCUUCACUUCACUGUGUUAUUUUCACAUUGAAAUCACAAUGUCAUAUUGAAUAGAGAUAAAGAAAUUUUAAAAAAAUGAUUACCAAGUUUGUUUAUGGCUUUCCUUUUUAGAUAAAAUGAAAUCAUCAGUGGAGUACAAUUAGAGUGUUUAGGUAAUUUACCAUGCUGUCCUGUUCUUUAUAAAACUUGCCUGUCACACAAGGAAGAGAUUCUUUUAAACCAUUAUUUGUAGUCAUUUUAUUUUACAAGCAGUCCUUGUUCAUAAAUCAAAACAAUCACUUUAAGUAGUGAGCAAAAGAGGAAAGUGUUUAAAUUUAAACUACCAUGAAAAUAAUGGAUGCUAAUUUAAGGGUUCUGUAUGGGGAAAUGAGCUUAAAAACACAUUUCUGGGCUUUAACUGACUAAUUGAUAUUUAAAUAUUUUUCUUUUCUUGAAUAAGCAGACAUUUUUACAUUUUAAUCAGAAAAUGCACCUUUUGUGAGAUUUUUCUUAUUCAACCAUCACUACUGGUUACCGAGGCUCUUUUGUAUAGGUGGUUGUAAAGAUUGACAACAGUGGCAAACCUUCUUCUUAGUCACAAUUGUCAGCUUAUCCUUAGCUGUUGGGUGUGAUAUGAAUAAAAGUUACAAAAAAGACCAAAACU